AUGUUAAAUAGAUCUGACUCUUCUUAUUCUGUUGCUAAUAAAACUCUUUUAAUUCUAGAUUUGGAUAUCAAAACAUCAGGGACUGGCUGCGUGAAGAUUCAGAAAAUAGAGUGCAAUAACUGCAAAAUAGAAACGGAGAAGGGGACUAGUGUCUUGCAGUCAAUAAAGAGUCAUAAAAUUGAUAUACGAACAAAUGGUGGCAAAGUAAUUGGUCUUGGAACACUUUAUGGAAAUACAGAUAUUCGUGCAACAGAGAAGGGUAGCGUGAAUAUAGAGAAGCUGCAGGGGACAUCCAUCAACAUAUCUACUGAAGAUGGGCUGCUGAAAACUAAGUAUCUCUAUGCAGAUUCAUCGUCUCUGUCUUCAGUAGCUGGUGAUAUUCUGCUGGGAAGUAUUCAUGGCAACACCAGCCUUCAGACCAAAACAGGGAGUAUCACAGUAGAUUCAUCAGAUGGAAGUCUAAAAGCUUCUACACAUCAUGGGGCAAUAGAUGUUUAUAUCAGUCAAUUAAGGAAAGUGGAUCUGAAAUCACAGAAAGGUUCUAUUACAGUCAAGGUACCUGCCUCUCUCAAAGCAUAUUUACAGUUGUGUGGAAGAAAAGUGGAUGUGAGCUCAGAGAUCCAGUUAAAAGAAACACAGAGUGCCUCCAAAGACGAUCACGUAACUCUAAGUGGUCACAUGAAUCAAAGGAGUGAAACAGACAAAUGGAUUAAGGCUGACACACAGAAUGGCAAAGUGUGUCUUAAAAGCCAAAGCUGGAUCCAGUCUGUCAAGCUGAAGGGUUCUUAAAGGUGAAAUAGGCCAAAGAGCUUAAACCAAGAAAUUGUACAGGAACAUUUAUGUAAAAUUAUGAAAUUUUGUUGAUGUAUAUUCUUAAUAUACGAGAGAAGCAAUAUUAAAAAAUGGGGGUGUUUUAACCUAAGAUUUGCCCAUGACAGUGGCUGGUGCUUAACAGGUCUGGUUUACUUUUAGUGCUGUUUCGGAAUGACAA